GACCCACGAAGGUGUUCUCCCGAUGUCCCUCGUCUUCUUACGCAACGGCAGGUUCGACUCACCGCAAAGAGGAGGGUGAACGUAGACAAUGCUCGCGGCGAGGUCGUUUCGGUUGUUCACGAGCAACGUACGGCGAGGAACACGCGGAGCGUCUCGCGUCCACUCUCACGCUGGUUUCAAUGGACGGCCAUGGCUUGCUGCUAUCCUCACAACGGGCAUCGUGAUCGGGUCAUAUGCCGGAUACGCGUCAUUAUAUCCAGUUAAUCUUGACGCUCCUAGAAACAAGGUCCCGAAACCUAGCAAAGCCGCCCCUGACUACAUUUCGUACGAGGAAGUCCAGAAGCACAAUACACGGGAGAGCUGCUGGGUCAUCAUCGACGGCCAGGUCUAUGAUGCCACCUCAGUGCUCGAAUGGCAUCCAGGAGGUCCUGCUGUGAUCCUGAAGAACGCUGGAAAGGAUGCGACCAAGGCCUUUGUCCCCAUCCACCCGCCGAAUACACUCCAGCAACUACCUAUGGAGGCCCACAUCGGACCCGUCGACCCAGCGACGAUUCCAGAGGAUGCGAACCAGCCUACUGAGGAGGAAAUCCGCAUAGCAGAAGCGAGGCGGAACCUUCCUCCUCCGUCUGCCGCCAUUAACCUGCACGACAUAGAGGUAUUGGCAGAGAAGGUCCUUACCGGUACGGCGUGGGCAUACUACCGUUCGACCGCUGACGACGAAGCCACGUACUUCGAGAACAGCAACGCCUUCAAACGGUUCUGGUUUCGGCCUCGGGUUAUGAACAAGGUUUCUCAAAUCUCCACAGCGACAACGCUCUUCGGUCUACCUAGCUCUCUUCCUAUCUUCAUUAGCCCUGCUGCGCUCUACCGCCUUGGACACCCCGAUGGUGAGAUGAACGCCGUGCGCGCUGCCGGACAGGAAGGCGUCAUUCAAGGUAUUUCGAAUAACGCGAGCUGCUCGACGGAAGAGUGCAUGUCGGUGAAGCUGCCGGGCCAGGGCCUUGUCUUCCAGCUGUACCUUAACAAGGACCGGAAAGCCUCGGGGACGCUUGUGAAGAAGAUCGAAGCGCAGGGCUUCAAGGCGAUCAUGCUCACUGUAGACGCGGCGGUUCCCGGGAAGCGCGAGCUCGAUCAGAAAGCGAAGGGCGAGGAUUUGAAGGAUGGCCCGUCGACGUUUGGGAAGUCUGGGAGUAGUGGGAUGGGCGUUGCGCAUGCGAUCUCUGGGUAUCAAGACCCGGAUAUUCUCUGGGACGACCUUCCCUGGCUCCGCCGCAUAACGAAACUUCCUAUCAUCAUCAAGGGCAUCCAGUGCGUCGAGGACGCAGAGAAGGCUUUCGAUGAGUACGGUGUAAAGGCCAUCAUCCUCUCUAACCACGGUGGACGAGAGCUGGACUACUCCCCCGCGCCGAUGACGGUGCUCUACGAGCUCUACCAACAGCGGCCGGACCUCCUCAGGAAGCACGAAGUGUACAUCGACGGCGGCGUGCGUCGCGGGACGGACGUGCUCAAGGCGCUCUGCCUCGGCGCGCGGGGCGUCGGGCUCGGGCGGCCGUUCUUGUAUGCGAAUGGCGUGUGGGGCGAGGAUGGCUGCCGGCGUGUCAUACAGAUUAUGCGCGAGGAAAUCGAGACGGGGAUGAGGUUGCUGGGUGUGACAAGCCUUGACCAGCUUAGACCGGAGCUUUUGAGCUAUAUGGAUAAGAGACUAGGGGCAGCUUGAUAGUCGAUUGAGUAGAUCAUGAUGUGCACGAGUAGUUCGAGUCGGAUGGUAACCGAGUGAUACCUUGUUUUUUUAGGUCUUCGUACUCCCAGACAGGGCUUCCGAGUCGCGACUUCCAGAACUCAGUACUCAGCCGCUGCUCCGUGGGUGUAUGUUGCCUACAGAACCAGAGUCGGGGCGAUGUGAUUCGGACAUA